AUUUAUAACUUAAUUUUAUUUACAUAACAUAUAUCACAAGAACCACUACAUAUAUAUUAAAGUACGGCUGUCGAAUUUUUACCUACCUACUGAAUUUUCUCGCAAUAAUCUACUGAAAUUUCCUCUGCACCCUGGUCAUAAGUACGUGCUGAAGGGUAAGCUAAACCAGACGACAUCGUCAUCAUCACCUGGACAUGAUGGCAGCGGGUGGUCGGGCAGUUUACGUGUUCUCUGUGAUUCCCCGCCUCGCCAAGCUGGUUCAAGAUGGCCUGCCCGAUGUAAAGGUCAUAGAAGUUAAUUAUAAAGGAGGCAAGAAGGUUUGUGAGGAGGAAGUCGCUGCCCUUCAAGAUGCUGAAAUACUGCUCGUGGACAACGGCCUUUUGGCCGAGAUUACAGACAGGCUACCCAGCAUCAAAUGGGCUCAGGGAACAUGGGCAGGAGUGGAUGCCUUCCUGAAGCAUUUAGAUAAGCCCAGGCCUACAUUCCCUAUUUCUCGAAUGGUCAGUGACUCCUUCAGUCAGCUGAUGGCAGAGCACACCAUUGGCUGGAUCCUCACUCAUGAGCGUGGCUGGCUGGAGUGUAGACAAAAUCAGUUGCAGAGUGAAUGGGUACAGACUGAUAAGAUCGGUUACUAUCGCUGCCUGAAAGACUUGACAGUGGGUGUGUUGGGCAUGGGCAACAUUGGCAAAGAAGUUGCCCGGAGCCUGAAAGCCUUCCACUCCGUGGUGCACGCCUUCACCCGCACGGUGCCGGCGGCCGAACACAAGUCACAAGAUGUGGACCAAUACUGGCACACUGGUGAGCUGCCUCAGUUCCUAAAGGAGUGUGACUACGUUGUGAACAUCAUGCCGUCCACACCGGACACAAGAGGAAUGCUGGGCAAGGACAUCCUCCAGCAUGCCAAAAAGGAUGCCAUAUUCAUCAACAUAGGGAGGGGUGAUGUAAUUUCUGAGGAGGACUUGAUCAAGGCCCUGGAUGCUGGAUGGCUCUCAGGGGCCAUAUUGGAUGUGUUUGAGGUGGAGCCUCUGCCCAAAACAAACAGCUUAUGGACACACCCAAAGGUGAGGAUCACCCCGCACACUGCAGGGGUGAGCCGCGCCGAGGAUGUGGCUGAAGCCUUCCUGCUCAACUACCAUCGCUUCAUCAGUGGCCAGCAAGUCAGGCACAUCAUUGACUGGAAGGCGGGAUAUUGAAGGUAUCCUGUAGUGGCUGCAGAUGGAGUUGACUCUUCCAUACAUCAAUAUUACUGGAUCACUGGGUACUAUCAAGACAGUUUGCUGUUUUUUUUUUUUGAAAAUUUAAAAUUUGUAAAAUUAUUAUUUUGGGAUUCAAAGAUUAUUUAUGCAUUUAUUUACACAGAACUCAUAAUCAUGUUAAAGUAGUUAGUUGUAGUUGUAUGAGUUCUAUUGGGUUUGUCUUGUAAAAGUAAGGUAAAGUCGGGGGCACACACUAAGCUGCACGUGGGCUCAGUGUUCAUCUUUGUCUCGCUGUCCCUUGAGCCUGUGCUGGGUGAGAACCCAUUACCUCAGGACACAGGAUCGUUGUGACAUCCUGGUUAUCACAGCUUACUUUCCCCAACAUCACCUAGGCACCCAUUAAUGGACCAGCCCAAAAGGGGGAUGAACAAAUGGGUGAGCUAGGUGCAAACUCACCUGGCCUGGGAUUGAACCUGGGGCUGCAGAUUCGUAUUUAGAGUUACUUACCAACCACACCAAGGAUGAGCAGGUUAGACCUGUGGUAGCUACAAAUUCAGAGAACCUCCAUACAAGGAUACACAGGGAUCCAUAUCCUUGUGUAUCCUUGUGAGUAGGUGUGAGUGAGUUGCAGUGAGUGUGAAAAGUUUAAUAAAUUUUUUGAAUUUCUGUUACAAAACUUCUGGUUGUCUUCUGCAAGAACUGUUAUUUCCUAGUUUACAGUGUAUUACAUUGUGUAUCCUACAGCUGCUAAGGUAAUGGUGUGCUCAAAGGUAAAGGAGUAAGUGAGGAUGACUUUGUGAAGGGAGUAUUUGAGGCCAGGAUUGAGGAAGGGCUGUUGGGGGAGGCUGCCAGUGAAAUGAAAUAAUAGAAUGGACAAGUAUUACAGAGAGAGAGAGAAUUAGCAGGAGAGGGAUUGAGUAUGCCAAGAGGGAGUGCUAGAACAGGGAAAAAUGGAGACACUGCUGUGGUCGCCCCUGUGAGGAAGCAGGGUGUCAGAGAUAUAGGUAGACAGAUAGAUAGAUAAUGAUAAAGGAAGUAGCUCAGGGAAUAAAAGAUCAGUAGAAGUAGGCUAAAGUGUGCUGGCACAUUAGCCAGCUAAGUCAAAAGCACUGGUUGAUGUUUCCUCCUGAGACUGUUUUGUUUUUUCUUUCCUGUUGCUUUGUCUCAUCUCAAAUCAGAUGGAGGUGGAAAGAAGGAACUUGAUGACAAUGGAAUGUUGAUGACAGUUUCAGCAUUAAGGUUUGAGGGUGGUCUAACACAGCAUAUCUUUGAGUGGUUUUGUCAUUUCAAGAUAAUGGGGAAGAGAUGGUAAAGAGGGUAUGUAAUGUAUGAUCAAAUCAAUGCAAUAGGUUCUAUAGGAAGGGCAGAGGCUUGUGUUAAGAGUAGUUACAAUGUCUUUAUAUACAGAGAUAACUUUUAUGUGUGACCCUUGGUGCAGGUUGGCAUUCAUAAAUGGUCCUGGUGGUUGAGCUCAACCAAUCAAUAGUGUAAUUCACCACGGCCUAAUCAUGAGCUGGACUCGUCAUCACCAACAAGUAUCCUCCCCAGCAGGGCAAGCUCAUAAUAGUCAUUCUUUGGGUACUGCUGGGACCUUCACACACCACACACCCCAUCCACCUUGCUCAAGAGGGAACAGUAACCACUCCUUUCCAUUAGAAUAAUCCCAGCCUGAGUGGGGCUUGAACCUUAUCCUGCCAGACCAAAACCUGACAGGGCAGAGUUUAGCCACUGAGCUAUGGAGUGGCAUGUGGGCAAAUAUUGGUGCCAUUAUACAUCCUGGUUGGCUCGUCCCACCAGUGAUCCUCUUGAGAAGUUACUGAGGUUAGAGUUCCUUGGUCAUUAUCUGGACGGCAUGUUGGUAGUGAUGGCUGUUAGCAGUGGUAGUUGAUCUUUAGUCCCUGGGUCAUCACAUCUGUGUGCUGACCACUCAGAGUAUAUGGCCAGGAAAUGAUGGACGUUCUGCCUUCACCACCCAUUUGAGAGUUCCAAGAGGUUGCCAUUUGAUAAGAAACAGACUUGCUGCACCUGUUAAAAUAUCAGGGUAUAAGUGUAUAGUAAGGGCCUAUUAUUUUACAUAGAUUUGAUGGAGUUGUGAAGGACAGCCUCUGGUUUAAGGGUUUGUGAAAUAAUAUUAAUACUUGUUCUUCUGCUGUGCCUUGUAUCUUUUAUUGCAGUGAGUUUAUGUUGAGAUUAUACAAAAAUAUAUCAUGUGCCUUAUGAA